AUGUGUGCCCCUAAGAAGAAGAUGAAGUUCGGCUCCUUCGAUAUUGACCUCCAGCAGUUUGCUUUGGUCGUAAACUACACGACCGAGGUUCACCACUUCGACGAGUUCGGAACAUCUGUCCGGUCCGAGAAGCUGCCUGGCCAGAAGGUGAUCCGAGUCCCGCCCAACAUGCAGGGCAAUGAGGUCCGCGGCUACGCACAGGAGGUCAUCGAGAAGUGCAAAUACGUCCCCGCGUCUAAGGCCGACGAGGUCGAGCGGGUGCUGUUCCACCUGCUGGAGCAGCGCGGGGGCGCCCAGGAGCCGCCGCCCGGGCGGCAGCGCAGGGAGGAGCCCGGCGGGGGCUCGCGGCGCCAGCGCAGGGAGGAGCCCAGGGACGCGGCGCCCCCGGUGCUGCCCCAUGCCGACGUCGAGGCCAUCGAGCAGUACAUGGACCAGCUGUACGAGGAGAGCAUGGAGCUGAAGGUGCAGGGCGUCAAGUGCAUACUGCGGGUCUGCACGGACCCCAUCAACCUGGAGAUCCUGGUGGACCACGAGAUCUCGCUGCUCGGGGUGCUGAGCCGAGAGCUGCGCGACGGCGGCAAGAAGAGCUUCGACCUCUCGGUCGCCGUGGUCUGCACCUUCCUGUGCUUCUCCCACUUUUCGCAGUUCCACCCCGCGCUCAUGCAGAACCAGUGCGGCGACGCCAUCCUGCGCGUUGUAGAGUACGAGAGCCACCGCCAUCAGGUUCGGAAGGAGGACAUGGAACGCCGCAGGAUGCGCUUCCUCGAGCUCGGGGACAAGGCGGCCCCGGAGGACCGGAAGCUUUUCCAGAGGGACGAGAAGAAGUUCGCGAUCCAGGUGAACCGCCAGUGCAAGUUGAUGCACGUCUGCUUGAUGGCUCUGCUCAACCUCGCCGAGGAGAUCGCGAUCGAGAAGAAGAUGGUGAAUCGGAAGAUGCCGGAGCUGCUUGCUGGCAUGCUCGACCGGGACCAGGAGGAUUUGUUGCAGGUCACCCUCCUCUUCCUCAAGAAGCUCAGCCUUUUCGAGGAGAACAAGGACACAUUCGCCACCCCUGACACGCUCACGCGGAUGGUACAGCUCUCCACGCACCCGAACGUUCACGUCGCAUUGCUCGCUCUCCACGUGCUGUACAAUCUCUCGUUCGACGAAAACGUGCGGGGGCACCUGGUGGAGUCAGGCGUGGUGAAGGUGCUAGUGGACCACCUGCGCAACCCGCCCUUCCGGCACAUCGUCCUGCGGCUGCUAUACCACUUCUCGAUGGACGAGCGGAAGUCCUUGAUGGCUUACCACCGAGACGGCAUAGUGAUACUCCUGCAGCUCGUGGUCCACUUCCCCGAGCCCCAGGUUGGCAAGGACUUGGUGGCCCUGGUCAUCAAUCUGGCCACGCACCCGCGGGCCGCGGAGGUGAUGCUUGACAGCGGCCUUUUCCCCCAGGUAAUGAUCCGAAUGUUGAGGAACCGGGACCCCAUGCUCUGCAAGGUCGUUCGGCACAUCUCCGCGCACGAGGCCACGCUGGAGCCCAUGUGCGAGCUGCUGGUCAGCGAGAGCGUGCGCAUGUCCAGGUGGAUGCACGAGUUCGUCCGCAUGGCCAGCGUGUGCUCCGACAACCCGGACCUCCUGGUGGAGGUGCUCGGCACGCUGGCCAACGUCACCCUGCCAGGCAUUCCGUGGGGCGAGCUGUGCGAGGUGGGCCUCAUCGACCUUCUGACGAAGCUGCUCGUGCCUGGCUUCUCCGAGGACGAUGUCGUCCUCGAGUGCGUGAUGAUCGCGGGAACGCUGGCCAUGUCCCAGGAUGCGGCCCAGCACAUCGCGGGGUCGCGGAUACCAAGCAUGCUGCAGGAGCUCCUGAUAGAAAAGCGGGAGGACGAGGAGAUCGUGGUGCAGCUCUUUUUCGCGUUCCAGUGCCUUCUUCUGGAGGACACUGUGAGGGACUACAUUCUGCAAGACACGGAGCUCAGCAGCUGCGUCAUGUGGUUCGCGCGCGCCAGGAACCCCAACGUCCUGGAGCAGGCGACCCGCGUGCUGCAGCUGCUGUCCGAGUACGUCGGAGACUCUGGCGACGGCGACACGUGGGCGGAGCAGAUCAAGGCGUUCCGCUUCGAGCAGCACAACCAGGAGUGGUGCGCCGCCCUGGGCGAGGACCUCUCCCCGCGCGGCGAGUCCCACAGCGGCGGCUACGGCUACGGCUACGCGGAUGACCGCCGGGGCGGGUACGGCAGCGGCACCGGCGAGGAGAGCGAGGGCGACGACGGGCCCGAGUUCGCCUACCGCUUCGCGACCGGCGACGCGCAGGAGCUGGAGAACAGGGACUGGGGCAACCAGGACAUGUCGGAGCUCAUGCGCGCGAGCCGGUACGUCACGUAG